AUGGAGGAGUUGAAGCAAAAGAUUGUUGCGCUGGAAGAGGAGUUGUCCAAAACCCAUGAAGAAUACAUAACGCGUAUUAGCCGAUUGGAGGAAGAAGUGUUGACAUUGCGUCAGACCGGUGGCUUAGAGCGCUUCACACUGCAGCAAAGCGAGCUGCAAACUGAACAGCUUCUACAAAGAUUACGUGCUGCGGAGGCGCGUUGUGACGAUAUCAACCUUCAACUAUCUAUAGAGAAGGGCAAGGUAUUCGAGCUAGAGACGCGGCUGCGAGCUGCAGACAUUUCCACGCAAAUCGCCAAGACUAUCGAGCAACAUCUCAAAAAUACUAACUCCGAAAGGCACAUUUCCACUAAUUUAGUGGAGCAAGAGGAUACGAAAAUUUCGCAAAAGCGGCCCAAGAGCUGUGACGACUCGGGAUACGUGGACGCAAUCAUGCCUGAUGAUAGAAAGAGCCCUGACAAAGACACCAAUAAUGAAUUGAGGGAGAAAAUAUUAGACCUUCAAUCACAAAUAAACGCUAUUAAACUUCAAGCAGCGACUGAAAAAGAUGCUGAGAAAAAGAUACCGAAUUUUGAGCGUUACGACCUUGUAAUAGAUGAGGAUGAAGUUUCAUUACUUAAAAGUGUUAACGAUUCGAGUAAUAUGAUGAAGGAUUUCCCAUUAGCUCGGAUCGAUAAUUUAAAUGCUGAAAACAUUGAAAUCAAAAACUCAGGAGUAAAUAUUCAACAAGAUAGAGGACAGGACAGUUUCAACAACAGAGUACCAACGUCCGAUACGUUGCAGAAGCCCAGCGAAAGCUUACCUGCGAGUGGUAAAGGGAUUUCGGAGACUUCGGAGCAAUAUACAGCAAUAACUCAUAAAAAUAAUGAAAAAAUAGAAAAUAGUGUUUCCUACGAAAAGUUCAUCCCCGACAAAAUGAAGGAAGGCAAUGUGGAAACGGACGAGCAACAAAACACAUUGCACACUAUGACCGGGUAUUCUGCUGCAAAUUUUGUAGAUGUUGAAUCCGCUCCGAAUGAUAAUUUGAGUUUUAAGAAAUCUAAUAAGAAUGAUGAAACAAAACAAAGUGAUCAAAUUACCAAAGACGUCACUACAGAAAAUCUAAACUAUAAACCUGAAAGUCCUGAAAUAGCUGAAAAGAAAACUGGAAAUGUAAAAGACCUUCAUUCUGAUACAAAAGACAAUAGAGACAAAGAAAAAUCGAAACAGAAGUUUAAAAGGGAGUCUGAUGUUUUAAAUAGAAAAAAAUUUGGACUUGACAUACCUAAGUCAGGUUUUAAUGUUUAUAGUAAAGAAGCCAAUUCUGCUAUGAAAGAUAUUCCAAAUAAAAAUACAAAUUUUGAUUAUAUUGAACCUAAAUUUCGCAAAGAAAGAACUUUGAGGAAUAGCAAAUUACAAAAGAGUUCUUCUGCGCUCGAAUUAACGGAUAACGUACAGCAUAAGAAUAAUGUUCAAGUUCCAAAAGGAGAUAGGAUUGGAACGGAAAAAAAUCUAAAGAACGGUAAAGGUAGAGUCACGCGUAAGAAAGAACCAGUGCGCAACGUUAAAAAGCAAAAUCACUCUAAAAAGAAGACAGAUUUAAAUACCAGGCAGUCUGUUAAGGCCAAAGCACAUGAAAUUGAACAGUUAGGUGUUGACAAGCAAGCGGACGAGUGUUCCUGCAGCAGCGCGCGCACGUACACAGUGCGCCAGGGUGCGGACGACACGGACGGCGAGAUCUCCGGCUUUACUGACCUGCCCGACGAGACGGAUGAAAGUCCGAGAGUUGUACUGUCUCCCGGCGAGCAGGUCGCGAGCGUAUACACGUGCACGGACUGCACGGAGACUUGCACGUCCGCCGCCGACUGCCUCACUCUCAGCGAGGGUGAACUGCCCUUCGCAGCUGAAGGUAGGGUGUUAUCGCCUGGAGAACGAAAGUGGAAAAGUAGUAGCGGUGAAGUAUCUGCGGAGGUGACGAGCCCGCAGAAGAUGCAGCAAACGCUGCAGAGCAUCGGCGCGGAGGUGCAGCGCUGCUCGCGUCUGCUGCAACACGUGCAGGCGGUGGUGUCCUCUCGCGGCAGAUCAUUGGCCGUAACGUGGCGUUUCUACAACUCAAAUUCUGCCAUGGCCCGUAUGUACCCUAGCCGAGUUGUGUGCUUCGAUUUCUCUACCGAGUACCAACUGCCAUUCACUGAGCAGUUCCUCGAUUAUAUGAGGAAUGAAGAAAUGUCCAUAGAAAUUUGUGAACUCAAUAAUCCAAGCGAAGUCUUCGCAAGCUGUGCACUACCACUACGGGAAGCGUUCAAGCACGCCAACCGUCAAGUGGACAUGUCGUUAGCACUGCCUCUAAAGUUUUAUUGCCGCAUCUGGGUUUUCCCCGUUAUAGACUGGAUUUGUCUCAAUCGUUAUGCUUGGCUGGCGAAUUGA